AUGAAAACGGAAGCUGUUCUGCAUAUAAAUUUUUUCGACGAGAAAGGUCUAUUUCGACAAUUCACCGAACAGCAAUAUGCACCAGUUAUGACUGGAAUCGUAAAUACGAAGAUGCGAACUGGUAGCCAGUUACUGCCGAAUGACCCUCCACAACUAAGUGUACCCAGUUCACAUGGCCCCGCAAUUGGGAUGCACUCUACAACACAGCAGCCGAUACCAACACCAAAUGCUUCGACAUAUUAUCCGUUACCUCAGCAUACAACUAUGCCGUACUUUCCGCCACUAAAUUCCAUGUGGCCAUCGGAUGGUGUCAUCAGCCCGCAACAGCUUGCUGCCCGUCACGUUGUGAGCAAAGAGCUUCCAAAAUUUUCCGGAGAUCCAUUGGAGUGGCCAAUGUUCUUAAGCUCGUUCGAGUCAACUACGGCCAUGUGCGGAAUUCAGCCCGAUGAAAAUCUGGCAAGGUUGCAGAAAAGUCUGGUAGGGAGUGCCCGAGAGAAAGUUCAGAGUAUUCUCACUCUACCUUCCGCGAUUCCGGAAAUCAUCAACACACUUCGAGAUGAAUGUGGGCGGUCAGAACAAUUAGUGAAUUGUUUGUUGUCGAAAAUACGCUGCGCUCCUAACCCGAAUGUCACCAAGCUGAAAAUACUGGUAACGUUUGGCAGAGAGGUUAGAAACUUAGUCACCUACAUCGAGGCUGCAAAUCUGCAUGCCCACCUCUCGAACCCGAUGCUGCUAAUGGAACUGGUAGGGAAGCUUCCGCCGAGUUUGCGGCUGGACUGGGGCCUCCAUAGUCAGCGGAUCCCCGAGGUCACACUAAAAGCAUUCAGCGAUUAUGCUUCCUCUAUUAAAACUGCUGCUUGUAACACUGCCGAGCGUCUCCAGCUUGUCGAAGUAAAUAAUUUAUGCAAGUGCUGCCUAACCGGUCACGGCAAGUGGCCCUGCAGAACGAAGCGUACAUGUGGUAUAGAUGAUUGCAAGGAACUUCAUCAUAAACUGUUGCAUGCGCCUAAGCCCAAAUCGUUGGAUAAUGUUCCUGAACCAGGACUACCGGCGGUUAUAUCCGCACAUUGCACUAACAAGACGACUUCUCUUUUCAAAAUAAUCCCGGUAGUUCUGAGCAACAAGGGAAAAUCGGUCACCACCUUUGCAUUCCUAGACGAUGGAUCUAAUUUAACGCUGCUGGAGAAAGCUUUAGCCAGUAAACUUGAUCUUGACGGAAUUGAAGCCCCUCUCUGUUUACAAUGGACAAGUAAUGUAACCAGAAAAGAGUUUUUGUCAAAGAGAGUACAGCUAACAAUUCGGGCAGUCGACAAUGAAUCAGAAUAUGUACUGCAAGACGUUCGUACUGUAGACAAUUUAGGUUUACCCACGCAAAAUCUAGUUUAUCAAGAACUAUCACAGAGAUUUGCAUUUCUACGAGGACUUCCGAUACAGAGUUAUGCAGAAGCAGUACCAGGUAUUUUGAUCGGGGUGGACAACGCGCGGCUCAUGCUGCCACUGAACAAACGAGAUCCACGUGAUACGGAGCCAAUAGCUAUUAAGACACGUUUGGGAUGGACUAUGUUUGGCGGCCGCCGCAAGUCUAAUGGACCAGAGAGGCUAAUGGUACAAAUCUGCUCAGCGGACCGUGAACUAAAUGACCUAGUAGAGGACUAUUUUGCGCUGGAAGAUGUAGGUGUCUCUGGAUUUGCAGUCCCUGAAACCGCAGAUCAUCGCGCGCGGAAAAUUCUACAACAAACAACGAGGCGAACCAAAUCUGGAAGAUUUGAGACCGGGUUGCUAUGGAAAACUGACAACAUCGAAUUCCCAAACAGUUUCCCGAUGGCCGAGAGCCGAUUCAAAUGUUUAGAGCGUCGGCUGCGAUUAGAUCCGGAAUUUCAAAACAUAGUUGCCGAACAAAUCGUCGAGUAUCAGGAACGAGGGUACGCUCAUAAAGCCACUAUAGAGAAAUUGCAGGGUACCGAUCCCCAGAGGGUUUGGUAUUUGCCAUUGGGAGUGGUUCGGAAUCCUCACAAGCCAGCUAAAGUUCGCGUUGUCUGGGAUGCCGCAGCAACAGUCAGUGGUGUCUCACUAAACUCGAUGCUAUUAAAAGAACCCGAUCUAUUGAAGCCGCUGGUAUCAGUUCUAUGCCGUUUUAGGCAACGACAGUACGCGAUAGCAGCCGACAUACGGCAAAUGUUUCAUCAACUUCUAGUUCGAAAGGAAGAUCGCCAAUCACAAAGGUUUCUAUGGCGGACCGAUCCAGCAUCCCCUCCAGAGAUAUACGUCAUGGACGUUGCUACCUUCGGAGCUAAAUGUUCUCCAUGCUCAGCGCAGUAUGUUAAGAAUACAAACGCAAUGGACUAUUCAGACCGCUAUCCCGAAGCAGCGCUGGCCAUUGUGGAGAACACAUACGUGAAUGACUACCUUGAUAGUAGAGACACGAUUGAGGAAGUAGUCAACCUGGCGAUAAACGUUCGCCUAAUGCAUGGUAAAGCAGGCUUCGAAAUCCGAAACUGGCAAUCGAAUUCGGAACAAGUUCUAGCAUGGGUCGGGGAAGACGACCCCAAGGCCACGAAGAAAUUCUCUGCGGAGAAAGCGACAGUGGCUGAACGUAUACUGGGGAUGAUGUGGAUCCCAAACGAAGAUAUAUUCGCGUUCACCGCACAACUUCGACCUGAACUUCAACCCCUGUUGGACGGCGCUAUUAUCCCAACUAAACGACAGGUCUUACGAGUUGUUAUGAGCCUGUUCGACCCUCUCGGCAUCGUAUCUACAUUUACAGUGCAUGGAAAAAUCCUUAUUCAGGACAUAUGGCGAUCAGGGGUUGGAUGGGACGAUCCCAUCACUAAGGAUGAUUUCUUAAACUGGCAGCGCUGGGUCAAGAGGACUUCAGAGUUAGAUGUAGUGCAAAUACCUAGAUGCUACUUUCCAAAUUACAAAAAACAAAGCUACGAGUCAAUGGAGUUGCACGUAUUUGUAGACGCAAGUGAAAAGACGUGUUGCGCAGUAGUAUAUUUUCGUACUAUCGACGGUGGAACACCAAGGUGUGUGUUGCUUGCAUCCAAAACAAAGGUGACCCCGUUACGACCUCAAUCCAUCCCAAGAAACGAGCUUACUGCUGCCGUCCUCAGUGUGCGACUCAUGAAGACGAUUGCGGAAAAUCAUGAUUUGCUGAUUACAAAACGCUUCAUUUGGACCGAUUCAAUGACUGUGUUGUCGUGA